AUGGAAGAGAAGAACCUCGAGGCGGCUUCCGCUCAUGUGGAGGAAGCAGGAAAAGAUGCUGUGGAACAAGGACGUCGCAUCCAGGAUGAAGAGCGCGAGUUGAGCGUAUGGAAAACGAUACAGUUGCACCCAAUGGCAAUCCUUGCAUGCAGCGCGGCGUUUACCGCUGCGUUGAACUUUGGCUACGAUUCAAUCAGUAAUGGCUCUACUAUUGCAAUGCCGUCUUUCAUCAUCUACUUUGGUGCCGACGGUUCCCUUCCCUCCAUCUGGACUUCAUUGUGGGUAUCAAUGACUUCUCUGUUGCAAGCCAUCGGCGCCGUUGCUGGUGGACCCCUAUGCGACAGGAUCGGUCGAAAGUGGCCCGGCGUUAUCGCUGGACUGAUUUCUCUCGUCGGAACCGCGGUACUCUACACAGCCAAGGGAAGAGUGGUGUUACUGGUUGGUAAGAUGAUUUGUGGUCUGGCUAUCGGUAUAAGCAUGGCUGUCGGGAUGACCUAUGCAUCUGAAGUUGCGCCUUUCAGGCUACGGAAUUCCGUCCAAGCUAGCUUUGUUCUUUUUAUGGUUCUUAUGCAAUGUCUGAGCCUUGGUAUUGUCAGAAUUUUUGUCCCCUAUCUCGACCAGCAAGCCUUCAGAAAUGUCUUUGCAAUUCAGUGGGGACCCGGUGCUCUCAUGCUGAUUGCUUUCCUACUGGCUCCCGAGAACUUGCUCAUUUCGCUACAAACGAGUUUCAUCCAAGCCUCUGGAUGGCCCAUCGCUACAGAACUAUCUAGUUACCGUCUACGGGCAAAGACUCUGUCAAUAGGAGUCGUUUCGCAAACGCUGUCAGCCUGGGUCACACAAUUCGUUGUCCCUUACAUCUACAAUGUCGAUUCGGGAGACCUUGGAGCUCGUACUGCGUUCCCCUUUGCUGGUCUUUCUUUCCUUAUGAUUCUUGUUGUUUUCUUCUAUGUCCCCGACACCAUGGGACUGAGUACCGAGGAGAUUGAUCAACUUUAUGAGGACAAGGUAUCCGCGAGGCAAUUCAAGAGCUAUGUAGGCAGAUAA